AGAGGAGGAAGUGCUGAGCCUCUUCCUGGCACAGAUUCAAGCAGUGCAUGGGGUGAGAAUGUCCAGAACCAUGGAGGUGACUUGAUCAAGGGAGGUCUCAAGGGACAAAAGGGGGAGCCAGGUGCUCAGGGCCUACCUGGCCCAGCUGGGCCCCAGGGUCCGGCAGGUCCAGUGAUACAGAACCCCAAUGUACAACCUGUCCCUGGAGCACAAGGACCCCCAGGACCUCAGGGGCCACCAGGGAAGGAUGGCGCUCCGGGAAGGGAUGGUGAGCCGGGUGACCCUGGUGAAGAUGGGAGACCGGGUGACACUGGGCCUCAGGGCUUUCCAGGGACUCCAGGAGAGGUGGGCCCCAAGGGUGAGAAGGGAGAUCCUGGUGUUGGACCUCGAGGACCUCCAGGACCUCCAGGGCCACCAGGACCCUCCUUCAGACAGGACAAGCUCACCUUCAUUGACAUGGAAGGAUCUGGUUUCAGUGGAGAUUUGGAGAGCCUCAGAGGCCCACGAGGUUUCCCUGGCCCCCCAGGACCCCCUGGUGUCCCAGGACUGCCUGGUGAGCCAGGGCGCUUUGGGGUCAACAGCUCCUAUGCUCCAGGACCUGCAGGCCUUCCUGGUGUGCCUGGGAAGGAAGGCCCCCCCGGAUUUCCUGGUCCCCCGGGACCUCCAGGUCCUCCCGGCAAAGAGGGCGCACCAGGAGUGGCUGGCCAGAAAGGCAGUGUUGGCGAUGUGGGAAUCCCAGGACCCAAGGGGAGCAAAGGCGACCUUGGGCCUGUCGGUGUACCUGGAAAGACUGGCAUGGCUGGACCCCCUGGGCCAACUGGGCCCCCAGGACCCCCAGGACCUCCUGGGCCACCAGGACCAGGAUUUGCUGCUGGAUUCGUGAGUCAGGAAGCCUGGGCUGU